UGUCAUGCAUCUAUGUUUAAUCUUGAUUUGCCUGUUAUUUGCACAGAGAAAUUUAGCAAGGACCACGAACGUUGUUUCCCAACUCUUGGGAAAAUCAUGGUUUCUGCCUUGAAGGUUAAGUCGGGAGGGCAAGUUUAUCACUUGCCUGACUCGAUGAUUCUGAGUCAGGCUUUUCAGGCCAUCGGUAACAAGGACUGGUUUCUAUCUGUGGACGUCAUGCCUGUUGAGGACAAGGCCGGUGAGCUGCCGAUGACUAACACUGCUGCUUCUUCAAACCCUGCUCCGACUCUUCCUACUCUGAUAACUCAUGGACCAGAGGAGAAAUCAUCAAAAAAGAGGAAAUCUAAAACUUCGGCUAACGAAAGUCGUAAGAAACCAGCUCUUGGGGUUGAGACGUCAAGUGGUAAAAGAGAGGUUGAACCUAUUGCAACUGGUUCAAUAGCAAAAGCUCCAACUGCUACAGAGAACCUUCCAACUGAUGAAGCUGAGAACCAAGGUCGUGUUGAUGCUACUUCUGAACCAAUGCAAAUCGAAACUGGGACUGGUACCAAGGAAAUUGUUGAGAAAGCUGGUGAGGAAGCUAAGUCUGUGAAGCCUAAGAAGAAAAAGAAAGCAAAGGCACCAGCUAAAGAAGUUGCUUCUAGCUCACAGAUCGUUGAGACUCCUCCUGCUGAAGUCACCAAAGAAGAUCCUCUGGAGAAUUUGGACAAUGUUGUGAAGAAAAUUGUGCAAGAGGCUUAA